UGGUGUGUCCAGUAUGGCGGAGGGCCCACAGGAGACCCAGCUGGUGGCCAAGUACGACUACAAAGCUGAGAACUCCCAGGAGCUCUCCAUGCGCAAGGGCGACCGCCUCGUUCUGGUGGACGACACCAAGGACUGGUGGAAGGUGCGCUCGCCCGACUCGGGCCGCGAGGGCUUCGUGCCCUCCAACUUUGUCAAGGUCUCCAAACCCAAGGCCUCGCUCUUCUCCACCAUCCUCAAGAAGGGAGGUAAGAAGAAGUCGGAGGGUAGCAAGCAGUUGUCCUCCUCCUCGUGUCCCAGCCCCUCCCUGAACAACGGCGACGCCUCCUACCGCGCCCGGACUAACGGAAACAACGCCGCCAACACGUACGAGACGUUUCAGCUGGGCCAGUGCAUGCCUGCUUGUGCAAAGUUCCUCUACACCGCUCAGAGACCCGAUGAGAUUUCCCUCUCGAAAGGCGAGCGGAUCAUGGUGAUAGAGAAGUCGACGGACGGCUGGUGGCGGGGUCGGAAGGAUGACGGUAGCGUGGGGUGGUUCCCGUCGAAUUACGUGGAAGAAGUGAAUUCCUCGGCGGGUGCCCACAACCAACAGGACGCCGGUAACCUCCUCUACUUCACGGCGGCCGAAGCCAAAUCGCAAUCCUCGCCCUCGCACAGUUCAGCGGACAUUGUUCUGGCGCUCUAUUCCUUCGAGGGCAAAAACUCUGGCGAGCUCACCUGCGAGAAGGGCGAGCGGCUGGAGGUGGUGGUCUCCGAGUCGGACUCGGACUGGCUCUCGGUGCGCAACUCCCGCGGCGAGACGGGCGUGGUCCCAGCGACCUACGUGACCCCCGUGUCCUCGUCCGGGGAGGAGGGCAGCGAGCGGGGCACCUCCACCUCCUCCUCCAACCCCCAGUCUCAGUCGCAGUCCAUCUCCUCUAUCUCCAACACAUCCAUCGCCGCGCUGGCGCUCGCCGGCCGCAAACAGUUCCAGGUGGCCGGACCCCUGGCGGACAAAGAGUGGUAUUAUGGGAAAAUUUCUCGGAACCAGUGCGAGGACAUUCUUACCAAAUUUGCCGUGGACGGAGAUUUCUUGAUUCGGGACAGUGAAUCGACAGCAGGUCACUUCACUGUGUCGCUCAAAGCUCCCGGGAGGAACAAGCACUUUCGCGUGAAAAACUCUUCAGGCACGUUAGAGAUCGGCCAGCAGAAGUUCACCAACCUUGAGGACCUUAUAGAGCACUACAAGAAACACCCGAUCUUCAAGCAGGACACGGAGAAGCUGUUCCUGGUCAAGCCUUUCGUGUGUCCGUCCUCGCAGGAUAACUGACCUUGACCUCCCGUACUCGGGGGGUCGCUUGACUCACAGGGGAAGGGGCAGGCGGAAGUGCUUGUGUGUGUGUGUGUGUGUGUGUGUGGUCACUCAGUCGUGUGUGGUUUCCACCCUCGGUGUCAUCAUGGGAUCUUCAUGUGGUUUCUCGAGAUGGGGGAAAGUUCACGUUUGGAGACGGAAGAAGAAUUAAGAAUUUCCUGGUUUGCUGGGAGAAAGAACUUGCUCACCACUCGUGGGAUGUGAAAAGGAACUUCGUUCUUGGAGACGUAACUUAUGCUUCAUACAAAAUGUGAGACAACGUGGUGAAAUCGGGUGCUCGUCAAAAUAAGGAAAUCGAAGAAACAGACAUUUUUCUGCGUUUGGCAAUUUUUAUCAAAUUUUUUGUUUUUUGAUCCAACUCCUUGUGCCUUGUAUCUCCAUUUGAAAACAUUUUUCCAUGUCUAUUUGACUGAAGAACACUGACUAAAGGCACAAAAAAUGUAAAUUUUCAGAUUCCAGGGACUCUCAGGCUAUGGAAUGUACCAAAUUUUGGC